UUUCGAGAGGUCUGUAUUCUCCACAAUAUGGUUUUUCACUACUAAUUUGCCUACUAUUCUCCUCCAACUCUUCCCUAUUUAUAAACUACUUGUAAUUGAUUUUUCCUCCCAUUUGUACGCUCUAACAUAUUAGUUUCCCAUCCACUUGCAAGUUAUUCCUCGAUUAGGUCCUUCUAGAAUGCACGAGGUUGAUUGGAGCCUAUCAAUACCACCAAUUUCCAAAUCCAUCUUGUCCUGAAGGGGGGAGUCAAGAAAGUGCUUGUGGUGCCAAUUGACCGCUCUUCCAUGAUUUCGGUAGGGAAGAUUUUUGUCCCUUUUGAAGCCCACAUAUUUGGAGGUGUAGUUAGCAUGGUGUAUUUGGGUCCAUUUGGAUCUUGAGCUGUUAAACCCGUUUGAUUUUUAUCUUCAAUUGAUUGGGUCAUCUUCUUGAUAGAGUCCAACCCACUGGGUCAUAAUAGACAAACUUCAGCCCAGGUGUCUAAUUUUAGCCCAUUAACAAAUGUACUCCCUAACAUGUCUUCUAACUUAUUGCAUUCAGAUGGGGUGCAGAUAGCCGACAAAUUUCCAAUGAGAUUUGCUAUCUUGACGAGCCCUUUCUCCCUCUUUAGAUGAAGCUCGGCACCCAUCAGCCUCUUAAACGACGAUGUCACCUUCGUCAUGAUAGCAGAUUGUAGUGUGGUGGUGACUGGGUUUGAGUCGCGGGUUUUGGAAUGUCCCGCGAAUGAAGCUACGCUGUUGGAUGGGUUCUAACUAGGGAAAAUACGUGGGAUGUAGAUAAUAGGUGGGCUGCUAGAGUUAGUUUUGAUUCUUGUUAGCCAAAACUUAACUGGGCCUGUUUUAAAUAUUCAUUUUGGUCUUCUACCUAUUGGCCGACUUCCCUGCUAAAGUCCAAAUCCAUCCAAUCCAAUAAUUUCCAUUCGUUCCUCUUCUCCAGAUUCAGCUCCAUCUCUGAUCUUCUCCUUCGGCAAUGGUGAUGUUUCCUAGUGUUUCCAGUCAGAUUCACCGGCAAAGGAGCUUCAGUAAUCAUCAGCUCAACUAUGUCUCCGGAUAUAAGAACAGGUUCCAGAAUUUCAUUAGAUAUCUGCGUGAAAUGGGGGAUGAGGUGAUGGUUGUGACAACACAUGAAGGAGUUCCGGAAGAAUUUUAUGGUGCAAAAUUGAUCGGCUCACGAAGCUUCCCAUGUCCCUGGUACCAAAAGGUACCCUUGUCUCUGGCCCUCAGCCCAAGAAUAAUCUCAGCAGUUGCUGAAUUCAAGCCCGACAUUAUACAUGCAUCUUCUCCUGGUAUUAUGGUCUUUGGUGCACUGAUUAUUGCAAAAUUACUGUGUGUGCCAAUAGUGAUGUCAUAUCACACCCAUGUUCCCGUAUACAUACCGAGAUACACAUUCAGUUGGCUGGUCCAACCAAUGUGGAUGGUUAUAAAAUUUCUUCAUCGAGCUGCUGAUCUUACACUAGUGCCUUCUGCCGCAAUUGGGAAGGAUCUGGAAGCUGCUAGGGUGACAGCGGCUAACAGGAUUCGUCUCUGGAAUAAAGGCGUUGAUUCUGAAAGCUUCCAUCCCCGUUUUCGAUCCCAUGAAAUGCGAGUAAGAUUAAGCAAUGGAGAACCCGAGAGACCAUUGAUAGUCCAUGUAGGACGGCUUGGAGUUGAGAAGAGUUUGGAAUUCCUGAAAAGUGUCAUGGAUAGGCUUCCGGAAGCACGAAUUGCUUUUAUCGGGGAUGGUCCGUACAGAGAGGAACUGGAGAGAAUGUUCUCUGGCAUGCCUGCACUAUUCACAGGAAUGUUACAAGGAGAAGAGCUCUCGCAGGCAUAUGCUAGUGGAGAUGUUUUUGUUAUGCCUUCCGAAUCCGAGACCCUCGGGCUUGUCGUAUUGGAAGCCAUGUCAUCAGGACUUCCCGUGGUGGCUGCUCGUGCUGGAGGAAUACCGGAUAUUAUUCCUGAAGAACAGCAGGGUAAAACUGGUUAUUUGUUCAAUCCUGGAGAUCUUGACGACUGCUUGAACAAACUGAAACCCCUUUUACACGAUCAAGAGCUUCGAGAAACUAUUGGCAAAGCAGCACGUGUUGAAAUGGAGAAGUAUGAUUGGAGGGCUGCCACUCGGAAGAUACGUAACGAACAAUAUAAUGCUGCAAUUUGGUUCUGGCGGAAGAAGAGAGCCCAGUUUUUGCGGCCACUCCAGUGGUUGUUUAAGCGGAUGUUCCAGCCCCAGGCCCCUGCAAUUGAAUUAUAAGUUAUGCAUUCUAUUUGCUCGAUUGUGAACAUUUUAUCCAAAAUCAGACAUGCUGGAUUGUAACAUAGUGACCUUAAAGAUUGGUCUACCAUGGUCUUAUUGAUUCAUUGGAUUGAUUUAGAUGUAAUUUCAGAGCAAUUUUAAGGAAAAAAAGAAAGAAUAUUGGCAUGGUUUGUUUCUACUUUA